CAGUAAGAGGUCCAGCACAUGCAUGCUUGGCAAGGGAGAAAAGACCAUAAUGGGGUACCACAGGGUUUGAAAAAAAAACAGUGAAAGAGGAAAGAAAGUGUAAUAUUUUUAGGUCCAAAUUACAGUGUUGGAACAGUUGCUCUGCUCAGCCGAGUAGCUAGCCCCGGACUGGAAUGGCAUGAUGGGAGUUCAAGCCCUGCCAAACUCCACCCUUACUUCACUCCCCUCUUACAAUCCCUCCAUCUCACCCUCCCUCCCCCUUCUGCCCUCUCCAUGGCCCUCCUUCCCGCCCUCCAGACUAAAGCCCCAGCCUGGGAUCCUCCUCAGCCCAUUCCUUUGCUCUUCUGCAGUCAGUCUCCUCACACGGGGGACCAGGGUCUGACAGGAGCCACUGUGAAGCCACACCGCGUGGUGAACCACGUUUAUUUGUUGCGAGAAAAGAACAAAGGAGGGCAGGUUGCGGUGACCAAGUUAAAUGCAAUAGAGUUACACAAAACAAUUCAUUUAGCAGGCUGUGUGUGAACGUGUGUGGGAAAUUUUACGUUAACUGGGUGGAGAAAACCCCACUCUAAACUCUAAAUGGUCUAUUUGAGGUCUCCUUGCCUGCAGCACCACAUCACAGCUCAUAGCAUGCCUGAAGGCAAAGGAAGAAACAGCAAUAAGAAAAGAUAAAAAAAAAUGUUAAAACAGUUUUUCCUCUAGCAAAGAACCUACUUAAACAGGAAAGCAUGAUCGCACAUAGUUCACAUGCUGCUUUCUUUUAAAGUAAGCCUGAGGAUAUUUUCUCCUCGAGCUGAAAUCCUGUGGUCAUUGAAGUCAGAGAUGAGUGGGAGGUAGAUGAUUUCUUGCAUGCUUUUUGCUGCCUGUGCCAGUUCCAUGAAGCAUGCACACACCAAGCCUCUGCCUGAAAGAUGCUUUAUGCCAUAUAUUUUACUUUUUGUGAUUUAGGCUAGCUACUUAUCUUGAACAGAAUUCAAUGCCAUAUUGAUGCUUUUAGAAAUGCAAAAAGAUUAUUGUAAAGGUACAUUUUUGUUCAUCAAAAUAUAAAUAGUCACUAAUGUACCCUCCUCAAAGGUAAAACAUAGUCCAACUUCAGGUCCAACCAGAUGCCUUAAAAGUACAACUGCAAAAAAAUAUAGUAAAAAUAUCUUACUUUAUAAAGGUACUGAAUACAUAUAUACUGUCAUAGGGAUACCAUCCCUAUGACAGUUUAAUACCAUUUUCUUAGGCAGUACCACAGGCACAAAUACUCAAAUGUAAUGGUCUGCAAAAACAUCAGGUUGAAAAUGAGUAAAAAACAAGAAAAAAAGGAAACUUUACCUCCCAUGAUUACUCAUAGCCAUGUCUGUGUCCACUCGUUCUGCUUAAGCACUUUCAACACUCUAGCUUUUAAUGAUUAUGGUGCAAUUUUAUAUCCUUUUAUACCCUUGCCACAAAGUCACACAAUAAAUUAGAUAAUGUCUACGUUUCUUUGCUCUCCUUUUAAACAAAAGAAAAAGGAAAAAGACCACAUUUAGAAGUUAUGAGAUGAAUAAUAAACUCAAAUUAGCUUUGUGUUAAUUAACUGUUGUGUAAUUAGCUGUGUGUAAUGCAACAUGAUACCCUGGGUAAGAAGCAUUUUAGGAUCCUUCAGCAGCUGAUUCAUGACCUCUGUACAACUCUGAGGGAGGGAAACUGAAUUAAAUUAAUUGCUAUGUUUGAAAGCAACACAGUGGAGGCUGAAAUUGUUGUCAAGAGAGAAAACAGUAGUUAAGUAACAAAACUUGACUGCCCCUCGCAAGCAAGUGUGCAAGUUUUAAUUAAGUACACCCAUAAAGAGUAUUUUAGGAGCAAUGCUCCUAGUCUUAGUUCUCGAACCUGUUUUGAAGUCUUAAUAUACACUCCUUUUUUCUUUUUUAGGAGUCUUUCUAGUUGCCUUCAAGCCACUUCAGAUGAUGGUGCUGUGGGCUUGUGGGGGCUAUUGCCUGUUAGUGCCUCUCCCCAAAAAAUGAGGAAAAGGAAAGUUUGCUGUUUUAGCAGGUGCCUUUCAAAAGAACUCCAGUUGCUGAGUGUGCCGGCUUGUUAAACCAUGCCACAACAGAUGUUGCUCCUGUCUCUGUGGCUACUGGCUGGCUUCUUCCUAGCAGAGGCUACAUACUACAGCCCACAUGUGUACAGCCUCCGCCACCGCAUAUACAGCCACCGCACCAGCAACAUGGACAACCAGCUGCCCCCGGAGGUACCCACAGAGCCACCAGUCCACAUCGAGCCAGCUGUCGAGGUCCAGCCACCUGUCGAGGUCCAUCCACCUGUUGAGUUCCGGCCACCGAUCGAGAUCCAGCCACCUGUCCUGUUCGAACCUCCUCGUCCGUUCAAUUACAGCCGUGUCUUCCAUGGGAUCAUGUUUGAUGCCGGCAGCAGCGGCACCCGCAUCCACAUCUACAAGUUCAUUCAGAAGGACCCAGCUGGGCUGCCUGUCCUUGACAAUGAAAUGUACCAUGCGGUGAAGCCAGGACUGUCUGCAUAUGCUGAUAAGCCUGACGUGGGUGGAGACACCAUCAGGCAGCUUCUGAAGGUGGCCAAAAAAACGAUCCCCAAAGAGGAGUGGAGGCAGACUCCGGUGGUGCUAAAAGCCACCGCUGGCCUGAGGCUCCUGCCCGUGGAGAAAGCCAGAGCCCUGCUGGACGAGGUCAAAGAAGUAUUUGAUGAGUCUCCUUUCUAUGUACCAGAAAACAGUGUCUCUAUUAUGAAUGGCACAAAUGAAGGAGUGCUGGCGUGGGUCACAGUGAACUUCUUGACAGGUCACUUGUAUGCCAAGACCAAAAGAACAGUGGGUAUCUUGGAUUUGGGUGGAGGCUCAACUCAAAUAACAUUCCUCCCAAAAUCUAAGAAAACAGUGGUGACGGCUCCUCCUAGCUACAUUGCUCGUAUUGACAUGUUCAACAGCACUUAUGAGCUUUACACCCACAGUUACCUUGGAAAUGGACUCUUCGCUGCCAGGCUGGCAACUCUUGGUGCUCUUGGUGCAGAUGGUCUUGACUGGAAGGUUUUCACAAGUUCUUGUUUACCAAAGAAGUUCAGAGAAGAAUGGACCUUCGGUGAAAAAACAUACAAAGUCAGCGGAAUCCCAGAUGGUUAUGCAGGGUACAAGCUGUGCUACUAUGAGGUGAUGCGGGUGGUGAAAGGGAUCAUCCACCAGCCUUUUGAAGUGAAGGGAAACAGCAUCUUUUAUGCCUUCUCCUACUAUUUUGACAGAGCUGUAGAUUCUGGCCUGAUUGAUGCCUCUCGAGGUGGCCUUGUGGAGGUCAGAGAUUUCAAGAAGAGAGCCAAGGAAGUUUGCAACAAAAUGACCAAAUACCGCCCCAUCAGUCCUUACUUAUGCAUGGACAUGACCUACAUCACCUGCCUCCUGAAAGAGGGAUUCGGCUUCAAGGACAGCACUGUUCUGCAGCUUACUAAAAAGGUGAACAACGUUGAAACCAGUUGGGCCUUGGGGGCCACGUUCGAUCACUUCCACAAGCUGAACAUUCACUAAGGCGCGCAGACUAGUGGGGAACCUCGACUACACCCCGAGAAACUCUCCAACGAGUUUAAACCAGCCCUGCACUGCAGCCUCCGAACACCGUGCCCUCCUCCUCCUACACUGCCAAGCAAACAACCAGAGAACCUUCCACAAAGAAAUCACUAUAUUUUUGUAAAGAUGGCCUGGCCAACCUGCUAUUUCUACUGUAUGUUUAACCCAUGAUUAGUUUAUUUUUGUAACUUGAACGUUUACAUUAUUUUCCCCACACCUUCGUCUCAGCUAAGGUGCUGCCUGUCUAUUUUGGCACUCUUUGAGUUUGUGAUGUGUAGUUGGGUUUAAUGCGACUAUUCACAACCUUUCAAGGACUUCAGCUUGGUGCUGUGGUGCAGAGUUAAGAUGCAGCGGGAUGCUCGCAAUGGGAGGGGAAACUGUUGCAUAAAGGCAAAUUAUAUUACCAGUUACUAUAUAUAGUAUCUGUUUGUAGUACUGUAUUUGUACAGGGAACAUCGUAGGUAACAUUAUACAGCUGUACUGUGUAGACCCAGAUAUUCAAAUUCACUAAUCAGAUUUUAGUCAGAACCCCUAGCAUAUAAUAAUAAUUGUAGCUGGUGUUUCUGCAACAGUUCAUUUAGUGUUAAUUGGACUUGGAUUUGUUGCAAAUAUGAAUUGGGUAUAAGAUUAAUGAAAACAUGAGUGUUUAUGAUUUUGUCACUGAUUUUGGUGGAGUACAUGAAUGCUGUUAUAUGUAUUUAUGUACGUGUAUAUUUAUAUAUGUCUCUCUGUGCUGCGAAUAAGUAGUAGUCCAGGACUAGUGCUAUACCCCUUAGUGCUAUAAUUCCAAUACUACAGAUGUUUUUGGACACUUACGUAUUAUAUUUCAGGAAAAUCAUACUGUAAAAUAACUGGUGAUUUGCCUUAUUUAGAAUUACUCAGGUUUCUACUGUCACUACAGAGUUGCCCGCUGACGUUAGUACACUGUUUGCUUUACGUUUCAUAGUUACAUUCCUUCCCUUCCCACCCCCAACCCUCAUAGAGAACCUAUACACCUCCAUGGGAGCAUUUGUAAAGACUUUGCCUUUUUGCUCAGUGCACUUUUGUGCUUUUGUGAAUUAUUGUAUAAAUAUUUAUUAUACAUGGAUAUACACCUAAAUGCAUAACAGGGCAGAAUCAGCUCAUUUAUUUGUAUUUAUCCAUGACCAUUUCAACAACCUAGUGUUAUGCCUAUAUAUAUGUACAUUCAUUUUACUGUAUAUAUCAAUCAGCAAUCAACAACCAUUUUAGACAAACAAUUGUAUAAUGCAAUAUAAGACCUUGUACUAAUUUCCUUUUGUUGCAUUUUGACAAAAAAAAAAAGAAAAUGUAAAUCUUUAGCUUUAUUCUACCAGAUAAAAACACUGCAAAUGCUAUAAAUAUGCUUCAGCCUCAAUGUUGUGUAUGAAAUGUGUACUUGUAUCAUGUCAAUAAAACAAAAGUCAACAAUUA